AUGAAGAUCCUCGGCGGCUUUCUCUACGUCUCUGUCUUGCUCAUCAAUGCCAUCGCCAUCCUGUCUGAGGACCGCUUCCUCGCCCGGAUCGGCCUCUCGUCGUCCACCUAUGACCCGGCCUUUGGCCAGAGCACCGACUCUAGCGUCAAGGCCAAGAUCAUCAACCUGAUUGCGAGCGUGCGCACGCUCAUGCGCAUACCCCUGAUCGUCAUCAACACCCUCCUGAUAGCAUAUGAGCUGGUUCUGGGCUAA